GCGAUGCGCUGCUGAGUGAGGUGAGGUGAGGCUGUCACUUGUUGGCAUGGCAUUCAUUGGCCAAGUGAGACGGCAACCAACUCGUGUCCGUGUUGUGUGUACCAUUCCGGUUCGUGAUCCAAUCAGUCAUAAUUCUGCACACAACAAACAGGUCCCACCGAAAUCCCCACUACCAAAUAAACAACAAAGCUAUAGAAUACCCUGCCAGUACACUCCCGCUCAACAGAGACUGCCACCCGACUGUCAUCAAACCCCUUCUGAACACCCAGCUGGUGGUCCGGUCAGUAGGUACGUCAGCUAGCUGCACCAGUCGGCCCCCUUGAGUAUGAGGGCGACAGGUGCCUGUGCCACAUCCAUAGUGGGCACCCAUGGCCCAACCACAGCUGUCACCAGCGCCAGGAACACCAUAAACCCAUACAGCGUAAAGGGAAACAGAAAUACAAACGGCAGCUCCUGACACACAAACCGACAACGACACACGGGUAAUCAAUCACUGUUGAUGGUCCCUCCCUCGCUUGUCUGUUUGGUUCUUUCCCUCUUUCUUCACCGACCGAGAAGAGGUUGAACUGUACAGUGAGUGUGAUGGCGACAACGCCGCCGAGUACGGUGCCGAGGAGGAUGGACGACAGUGUCAGAGACAGCGACUCGUACACACCCACACGCACCACCUGCAGUGCACCCGUCGCACCAUCGCAUCGCAUCGCAUCGUACCCAUCGAUGGACAUAACACAGCACAGGUCGACGUGUGCAUUUGCCUCCUCUCUGUGAGUGCUUCCUGGCCUGCACUUGGUUGUGAGUGAGUGAUAUACAUACCUCACUCACCUGCCAUUUUGAGAGCCCACACGCCCUGAGGACCUGCAUGAAUUGACCGCAGGCAGAAAGAACCACAGUCCACAUUUUGUUCGCCGUGCCCUCACAUCUUUUGGUGCAUGUCACGUACCCCGAUCUCCCACAUAUUCUGGUGCAUGGGACGAUUGAUUAAUGAACGAACCGAGGUGCGGUGCAUGAACACACAGACAGACAGACAGACAGACGAACGGCCGCGUGCAGAAUGAAUGCGUCAGUAACCUUCGUCGAUCGAUUCGGUCAGCUUGCAAUGCGUACCUCUCGGACAUUGGCGCUCGAGGACGUCCACAACAGGAAGAAGGCCAAAACGAAGGCGAUGAUCGCACACACGGCAAAGAACACCUGCCGAAAACAGCCACACACAUUUGUCUGUCUGUCUUACACGUUGGUUGCUAUGCCGCGUGCCGUGCGCACCUCACCUGCAGCAGAUCGGCCGCCGUCUGUGUGGUCUCUGUCAGCGUCCUCACAUCGAUGAUGGCGUGCGUGUCGUCCAUUAUCGACCUGCAGUGCAGGCAGGAGGCAGCCGCAACGCCAGCCAUGUGUAUGCGAUGCAAUGGAAAGAAAACCACACGUCAGUCAGUCAGUUAAUCGAUUUCAUUUCGCCCGACCGACCGUAUGGUGUUUGUGAUGAAGUCCCUCUCGUCGAUGGUUGCAUUUGGCACCAACCUCACGUAUAAGGACGCCUUACCUGAAUGCACGGCAUGCAAUCGAAUCAUACCAUACCAUACACGCAGGCAGACACACAAUUGCAUUGCACCAUGCAAUGCACUCAGACCUCUGCUACCUCCUCAUCCCAUGAGCAUUCGUUGUCGUCCGUCCCUGUCUGCUUCCCUCCCUCCCUCCCUCCCUCCCUCCCACCUCUCCCACUUACCGAGCCCUCUUUGUGUGGCGGCCCGCACGUUUGCCACCGGGCUGCCGAUGUUGGCCCCCUCCUGCUGCCCGCCGGGCCCCCCAUCUGGCUCGGUAUCGUCGCUGUCACCACCAAUGCUCACCGGUACGUCGGGCGACGGGGGAGGGGGACCUGCCGUGGGACGAGGCGCCUCCGUGUCUGUGCUGUUCUGGCUCCCAGCCAGCGACGACCCCUCGCUCACAGAGAAACCCGCAUAGGCUGCAUUUAUCGCAGAAGACAAGGGCGGGCAGUCAGUUGGACACUCGUCUGGCUGUGAGCUGCCGUGCCGUGCCGUGCCGUGCCAAAUGUUGGCCUGCCUCAUUUACCGCGUGAGGGGUCGGAGUCGCUCAUGGAUGCGAUGGCGGGAUCAGAAUUACGCACCAGGCCAGACACACGCUGAGUAUCGUCCCACAGGGACACUGAAGGGGAGGGAGGAAAUGAUACGGAUGCAAGCAAGAGGGCGGGUUGCAUGUCAUUUGUCUAUCAUGCGUGUAGGGUAGGGUACGCAUGGCGUCUUCUGUGGUGUAUGCGUCAGGGUAUCCCUGUAUGAAGGAGAAGCUCGAGAACAUGGUCCCAGGGAUCUUCCGGACCAUCGCACGAACGACAGUGCUGUAAUACAGCGACUCUCCAUUCGUGCCUGCACACAGACAGACAGGCAGGAUAGAGUUAUGAUCUGUCCAUUCCUGUCUGUCUGUCCGUCCCUUGCUCGCAGGUAGCAAUCUCAUUUAGACUUACCGUCGAGUUUGACCCUGAGAGUGAGCUGCUUGCCUGCCUUCACCGACCAUGGGUCGCGCAGGCCCUCAGGCAACAGCAGCUUCAAUGGCUGCAGACUGCUGCUCGACAGAUCAGCCUGAAUGUAACGGAUACAUACAUACAUACGCCGGUAGGUAGGUACAGUUUGCGUCAGGGCGGUCUUUGUCUGUCUUCCGUACGUACCUUCCUCGUCUUGUUGGUUGUUUCCUGGAUGACUUCAUCCGACGCAUUCCGACCGGCCGUCGUGAAGCCGGACAAGAUGCCCCUACAAAACACACGGAUGCGAUGGAUGCAUACUCCCUCAGUCACUCACACCUCGCUGUGCAGUGAGUGCACUGCAGGAAUGUGUCCUGUCUCCCUGCUUACUUUGCGUCCCUCAUUCUGGCUGUUCUGUUAUCGGGCAGCUGUUCGGUGGGCCCCACAGGGGGAUCAACAGAGUAGGUGGCGAACAGAGAGGGAACCAGAUCAUCCGUCGCCAGAUCCAAGCCUGUGUAUAUUUACACAGACAGACAGACAGUCAGACGACAGACAGAAAAACAUUGACCCAGCUGAUUGGUGACAUCCGUCUGCGCAUUCCGUCCGUACCCUUUUGGAAUUGUGAGGGUCGAAAGUACUCUUGGAAGAUGACGUCAAAGAAAUUGCUCUGAAUCCCGCGAAGAUUGACGGGCCUGACGACAAUCACGCACAAAAGACGUCACACACUCCCUCCCUCCUGCCGUUCCCUCCCUCGAUAAGGCUUCCAGCCUUCUCUUGUGGCCUGGCCCACCCACCCACGCACCCUGAGGGAAACAAGGCAUCGUUGGAGAGCUGGACAUCGAAGACAAGGGGUGUAAGCUGCAGGUUGAAGGUGAUGAAUGAGAACCCCUCCACGACGCGAUACACCGGGCCGCUUUCCCUCGCAGUGUCGCUCGCGUUGGCCACAUUGGCAAAGUCCACUUGCGCCCUCUCAUCGGCGCUGCCCUCGAACUUGGGUUUGCCCAUCUCGCCCUGCAGGAAGGAUGACAGCUUCUCCUCAUACAGCGGACGCUCCCAGAGGGAGGCGCGCACCACCACGUCGGCACCGGUCGCCUGCUUCACGUUCGCAGCCAGGUUGUUGCCUGAUUGGUAGGUUUAUGAGAUACAGACAUUCAUGGAUAGAUAGAAAAGGAAUCAAUGAAUGGAAUGGAUGUGCUGCCAGUCCUGUGAGUGCAGUGCAGUGCGAUGCGAUGCGAUGCAAUGCGUGUAUAAUCACUCAUUACCUACCCUGGAGUGCGAAUAUGGCGCCGGCAAAGACGAGGAAGGUAAGGGCGACAGUGAACAUGAGUCCCGUCUUGGCAUUCCUCUUGCCAUGGCCCUGUAAGUUCUUGACCACCAGGACAUAAAGAGACGCGUCCGCUCGGAACGGGACCACGAUGAGCCAGCAGAAGGCCUGCUGCAGCAGCGGCUGGAACACCUGGGCCACCAUCACUAGACCCAGCAUCAUCCCCAUCAGAAUGAUGUUCAGGCUGCAAACAACACACACACAAUGUACCCACCCACACACCCCAGCCAGCCAGCCCAUCGAUGGAUGACACGUCACGUCAACAUCGAUCGCUGACAUGGAGAAAAAGAAGACGAAAGAGCGCAUGACGAACGAGAGAGGGAUCAGGUAGUAUGUGAUGAAACCCGCUGCAGUUGACACACACAGAGCACAGCAAGCAACGAGAGAAAUGAGUGACACUCCGCUGAUCGACUUGGUGCGAGAUAGCGCUGCCUCGUCUCAUCUGUCUGUUUACCUAUGACGAGAAUGGACGAGGCCAGCAGUUGCAGCGGCGACAAGCCCAGCCGGUGAAGCUUGAUGAUCGUCACCUCUAUCUCACUCACAACCGCCUGCAGCCAAUCAGUCAACCAACACGACACGACACGCACUCGCCGAUCGUGUGCGUACACACACAGAAAACAGCAAGGAGCCUAGCUAGCUGCAUCCCUCCUCUCACGUGGUAAAUGUCGAGGGCGUCUCUGAGGGUCUUUGACAGCGCCCUCCGUAUGGGCACUAUGUUGGCUAUCACCGGCAUGAUGAGUCCAAGGGAGGAGCCCAGUAGGAUGGCAGACAGGUGCAGCUCGUACGAGAAGACCGCAUAGCUGAAGUCGGCUAUGAAGUACGUCACGAUCAAUCCGCCGAGCCAGGCGACCAGCAAGCCCAUCGACAGCCCAGGGAUUGCGAACAGCAUCGCUUGAAACAAAAGCAUCGAUAUCAGCGUCUGCUUCCGCAUACCUAAUUGAUCCAUGCCAUGCACUCAUGCCAUGCCAUGCCGUCGACGGUGUGGUGUAUGUGUGUGGUUGUGUUGUGUUGUGUUGUGUUGUACCCACCGAGUGCUCGCAGCAUUCCGAAUUCAUAGGUCUUGUCCUCCACGUCGUUGAGCAUCAGACUGUACACCAGCACUAUGGACAGCAGCACCAGCACGAACACCACGGCCGCAAACAAAUUGUCGAGAAACAAUCGGACAAACUGAGAAGCAACCAACAGCUGAAGAAGAGCCCGGACACAAAACGAACAGCACAUUAGUGCAUAGCGUGAACAUGAGAUCAGCCAUACCGACUGGAGCGGCGCCGUCACGCUGAUGGGGUAGUCGAUGCCAAUUGACCUGCCAACCAGACAAGGGCAACCAACUCUCACUCUCUUCUUCGCAUUUCAUGCUCACUCAGCCACUCUGUCAGUCGCCACUGUGAUGUCAAAAGCCUGCUGUCGGGGCUCCUGCACACACACAUUGCGGGCGGCGGGGUUUGAGCAGAAUGAGGAGGGGGCCCCGGGCCCUGCUCGUGUCAUGGUCAACAGACUGACCUGCAUGUAGAGAGGGAUGCGAUCCUCCAACAGGACGUUGCCGGUUAGCGCGUAGCGAUCUAGAUCAACUACAGGGACACACAGCACAACAGACAGACGAGGACCAUACCAUACAUACGACGUACGGUACGUGGACCGAGAACUCAUUCGUGCACCGAUAGAUAGGUGCGUCCGUCCGUCCCGUCCUGACCUUUCAAGGCCUCUGUAAGGAAUGGCGUGGGAUCGAAGGUGAUCUCGAGAGGGUUGUUGAGUAUGCUGGCCUGGAUGUCCUCGAAGGCCUGCUUGAAGGAUGUGAUAAUCUCCGCCAAAACAUACUUGGCGUCAAUCAUCAGGGUGUUGCCCAAAGCACUCGGCCACUUGCCCUCGGGCGCAUCAGUACCCACAACUGAAGAACCGACCCACCUACACUCAUCUGUGCUCUCCUGUCUAUCCUUCGCACACACUCACUCACUCGGCACAAAAUCGGCUUCGAUGGUCAGCGCCUGCCUGAGGAGCGGCAGUGUCGCGUUGAGUAUAGCAUCAACAGGCACUGGGACUUUGCCCACUGACUCGGCCGUCCCAAUCAGCACUUCCGUCACGUUGACAUUGACUACGGUGCCAUUGCCGAUGGUAAGGGGCACUGUGCCGUUGAUCGGCAGCCCCUGCUGCCUGAGUCCCUGCAGGAUCGUCAGCGUGGCGUUGGGGACAUCGAUGACGACAGAGUCCGUCAUGUUGACACCAAGAGCCCUCAGGAUGGCCUCUGCGUCGUUGGUCGUCAGGUCGUUGGCGGUUGUUUCAUUGGUGGGGUCCGACAUAGGAGAGGAGAUGCCUGAAGAGCUCAGGGCCGACGAUGCGCGAAUGAGGUCCAGCUCGAUGCGCAACCUCUCGCCCCUGUCAGGCUGGAGACCCAUUGCGCGCAGAACGGAACCUAGUCGGGUGGAACAGCGACGCAUACAUACAGUGGAUGUGGCGAGCUCUGUUCUUGCAUGUUUGUCGCUAUGUCACCUACCUGAGGCGUAGCAUUCUCCUUGUGCCAGUGGUCUUGAUUGGAAAGACCUGCCAAAAGCCACGCUGUCCUCUGAGGCUGUGUCGGCUAUGAGCAGCACAGCUGUCGUGUUCAGCCGCGACGGAAAUCGGGCAUUCACGACGCGGCCCUGCAACACCCACCUGGGCACUCAGACAUACGUGCACAUCAAGCAGGUCAUUUGUUUCGAUUUGUGUUGGUUGAUCGAUCCACCCAGGUGACCUACACACCUUACCUUGGCACGACUCCCCGGACGGCCUUUUCGUGCUUUCUCCUGAGCUCGCUGGCCAGAUAAGAGACGUCGACAAACUGGAUGGACAUCUCGUCGGUGCCAUUGCCAGCCUGCCCCCAGGUGAGCAUGGGUGGCGACGGCCCCACCCCCCCUCCCCCUCCCGGUGCGGGAGGGUGGGGCGGCACGGGGGCGACUGUCUUGGACUGCAGUGGCGUGUACAACAGAUCCGUCUCGCCAAGGUCGUUCUCCGCCAGCUGCACACAUACAUGACAUGCAUGCGGUGAAAGAAGGAAACAAAAGGAUGGACAGACAGACAAGUAGACACGGGCGCGAGGUGCUCGUCGUUCCUUGUCAGCCAGCCUCUCUGGGUCUCCUGUGUUGUGGUCGCACCUUGAGGAAUAUGAUGGGGGAUAGCUGGAUUGCAUUCUGCAGCAAGGCGGUGAAAAACACCACGAGAAACACCUGAAGGGAAGGAGAAAGGCAGAGAACAGGGAUGGCCCCACGCAUCAGCCAUCGAAUGGAAAGAUGCACGCACGAUAGAUAGCUUACUGUGGCAACACCGAUGCGGCAUGGGCGCAGGUUUCGGCCAAGCUGGGAGAGCGCAUACGUGACCGUGAUCUUCAAGUCUGACAGACAUGGCACCGAUCGGUGUGCAUGACGUGACCAAACUGCCGUUUGCUUACUUCCAGACCACGUGUUGGCCGUCUUCCUCACGUCCUCUUCAAUCAUCGCAGAUCGACGAGCCCUGAUGGAGAGCAGAAGAAGCACACGAUCACACAAGGCAAGGCGGCAUGGAAUGCAUCCAUCGACCUUGCUUCACAUCCAUACAGAUCAGCAUCAAUUGAUCAGCAUUGCGUGGUAUGGGAU